UUACCAGUCCUUGACCGACCGAUGUCGCGCCGUGCACAGGUGUCAUCACUACUGUUCCGAUUGUAGUACGGUCCGGGCAUAGAGACUUUAACGCUUCCGCGUGCACCGGCCGGCUACGGUUUUUGAUUAAAAUAUUAUUUUUACAAUAUUUUCCAAAAUAGAUUCAUCGGAUCUACAAAUAAAUAUUUACGUUUAUUACAUUGGUAUGAUCAUAGUGAUUUCAUAUACGUAAAUUGUGCAAAAAUCGGGGUUCUUAAGUGUUGAUAUUGGUGUAACGACGAGUUCCAGCGGGUGUGUGUACCCAAACAGUGAACGCUCACAGCGGCACGGCAAAUCAUAAAUUGAGUUUUCAAAAAUAUGACAACUGCCGGCGUAGUAAAUUCUUAUAGCUGGUCGAAAAAAUGGUUACUCUUCAUACUUUUGUGGACGAACUGCGUCAGAAUAUUCGGUCGAACUGCUUUUGAAAAACUUACCGAAUUGGAUUAUAAAGGAACGACGUAUUAUACGGUAAAAAACUUGACGCUGUAUGAAUGUCAGGGAUGGUGUCGUGAAGAGCCAGAGUGCCAAGCAGCUUCAUUUAGUUUUGUCUUGAACCCUUUGACGCCUAUACAAGAAACUGUAUGUCAAUUACAAAAUGAGACAACUGCCAAUAAUCCAGCGGCAACACCACAGCGUUCUGUCAAUUUGUAUUACAUGGUUAAAAUGCAAAUUCGAUCAGACAACGUGUGCUUGAGACCUUGGUCGUUCGAGAGGGUACCGAACAAAAUGAUCCGGGGAUUGGACAACGCGUUGAUCUACACGUCAACGAAAGAAGCGUGUUUAGCCGCCUGCUUGAACGAGCAUCGUUUCACAUGUCGUUCGGUGGAGUACAAUUACGUAACCCUUCAGUGUCACUUGAGCGAUUCAGACAGGCGGACGACGGGUCAGUACGUGCAGUUUGUCGAUGCUCAGGGUGUCGAUUACUUUGAAAAUCUCUGCAUCAAAGGCAAUCAAGCUUGCAAAGGAAAUCGUGUGUUCCAAGUACCCCGGAUCGGAGUGGCCGACGACAAGGUGGCGCAAUACGCCUCGUUGCAUUAUUAUAACGACAAGGAACUACAGGUGACUAGUGAGUCGGCGUGUCGAUUGGCUUGCGAGAUCGAGAACGAGUUCCUAUGCCGAUCGUUCAUUUUCAAAGGGCCGCCAGUGGGCACGGCUUACAAUUGCGAACUGUUUCACUUGGACCACAAGACGUUACCGGACGGGCCCAGCACCUACUUGAACGCGGAGCGACCGCUGAUCGACGACGGACAAAAAAUCGGCAACUAUUACGAGAACUACUGCGAGAAGUCCAUGACGCCACCUCAUGAGCAGCUGCCGGUCGUGUUCGAGAGCACCGACGAUCCGUCAUUGAACUUGACUAGAACCGAUUUGAACUGCGACAAAACCGGAACGUGUUACGACGUGUCCGUUCAUUGUAAGGACACUAAGAUAGCUGUUCAAGUACGCACGAAUAAACCAUUCAACGGUAGAAUAUACGCGCUGGGCAGAUCGGAGACAUGCAACAUUGACGUGCUGAACAGCGACCAAUUCCGAUUGGACCUGACAAUGGCUGGUCAAGAUUGUAAUACCCAGUCGGUGACCGGCGUGUUUUCCAAUACGGUUGUUCUCCAACACCACAGUGUAGUUAUGACAAAAGCAGACAAGAUAUACAAAGUCAAGUGCACGUACGACAUGUCCUCGAAGAACAUAACAUUUGGGAUGAUGCCAAUAAGGGACCCGGAGAUGAUAAGCAUUACUUCGGCACCAGAAGCACCGCCGCCAAGGAUCCGAAUCCUGGAUUCAAGGGCAAGAGAAGUGGAAACAGUGCGAAUCGGAGAUAAGCUGACGUUCAGAAUCGAAAUCCCCGAAGACACACCUUACGGUAUAUUCGCCAGAAGUUGCGUGGCCAUGGCGAAGGACUCGAAGAGUACGUUCCAGAUCAUCGACGACGAAGGGUGUCCGGUGGAUCCGACCAUUUUUCCUGGGUUCUCUCCCGAAGGCAACGCACUUCAAUCUAUUUACGAAGCGUUCCGGUUCACGGAGUCGUACGGUGUAAUAUUCCAGUGCAACGUUAAAUACUGUUUGGGCCCGUGCGAACCGGCCGUUUGCGAAUGGGGCCGAGAUUCCAUUGAGUCUUGGGGACGGCGCAAAAGGUCGGUGUCUAAUGCGCCCAACAAUGACACGUCCGAGAACAGCGAAGACAUGACUCAGAUUAGUCAAGAAAUACUGGUGUUGGACUUUGGCGACGAAAAGCAAUCGCAGUUCUUAAAGAGCAACGAGCCGCAGUACACAGAUUUCAACAAAGACAAGACGAUCACCAUUGUGGAACCGUGUCCGACGAAAACAUCAGUAUUGGCAUUGGGCAUCACGUGUAUGCUGCUCAUACUGAUCUACGUGAGCACGGUGUUCUGUUAUUACAUGAAGAAAUGGAUGACUCCGAGGAAAAUGAUGGCAUGAAGAUGUCGACCUAAUAAAAAAAUACAUUGCCCAUAAUCUUGUCAAUAAGCCAUGGUUAAUAAUAAUAUACAUGCCCACGAUUUUUUUUUUUUUUUUAAAAGCAACGAAACAAAUAUAAGAAAAAAAAUCAACAACGUAUAGGUACACAUAUGUACUGUAGCAUACGUGUUAUUACGUGUUAUCAUAAUACCCAUUCGAUACAUACGCUCGUACCUUCGUACAUAUACAAACGCAUACAUACCUAAUACUGUUACUAUUAUUAUUAUUAUAAAAUUAUUUUUACCACCGCUCAUAAAAAUCAUAUCGAUUGGCGUACGAAAACAAAACACCCAUCGAAUAAAUUGUAUACACAUGUUAUGCUUAAAGACAUAAUAU